AUGAAUAACAUAUAUAGCAUUUAUAGUAAAUUUAAUGACUUUCUUGACUUUGAAGAUAGACCAACUACAAGUCAAAGUGUAUAAUAAUAACUCAAUAAUGUUGGAUAGAAGAUGAAGGAAUACAAGGAUAAAAUAUUCACUUCACAUUAAAGAGCUAAUUCUAGUGCAACAAGGAAUGAAUAAAAACAUCAUACUUAAAAGUCUAAGUCUCCUAUUUGGGAUAGAAUGAAUUCAUAGAAUUCAUAAAAGAAGAAAAUCUUUGAUGAUGCUCCUGUGGUUAAAAGGACUAAGCCUUAGAUUUUUAGUAAACCUGAAUGGAAAUAAACAAAUCUUCAAUUAACCAAACAUGUCUAAUCUUAACCAUCUGAAGAUUUAGAUGAAAGUAGUUUGACUGUAUAAUUUUUAAUGACUGAAGAUAAAGACAUAGAUGAAAUGUAUUAUAAAGAGAAUAAUGAAUGUGAAAUUUUGAGUUAUUUGAUUACAUAGAUGGGUAAGAGACCUACACUUGAAAUAUAAGGUACUAUGAUAGAAAAUUUGACUCGUAAAAAUAGUGAAAUAAAGAAACAACUAUCUCUAAAAUUAAUGGAAAAUUAACAUUAAUUGAAUUGGUGUUAUUAUAUGUGGGAUGCAUUAUCUUUUAGAGUAAAUUAAUGUUGUGCGAGAAUUGCUAGGGCUAGAUUAGUAUUAAAAUUAUUGAAAUAAACACAUAAAGAUUUGGGAUUGAAAAUAUAAAAGAAAUAAAAAUAAAAGGAAGAAUUAGAAUUAUAAAUAUCAAAUGUUAUCAAAUUUAGAUAAAGAUAUCAAUAAGUAUUUGAAUUAGUAUGUGAAUUAAAUAAGGAUCAAAUAACUAAUGAUAGUUGGUCCUUAUAUAAGAUAAUUUCUAUUAAAGAUUUAGUUUGGACAUAAUCAAGGGAUAUGAAAUAAUAGAUGCAUUUAUAUUAUUGCUUUAGUGAUAUAAGAGGAUAUAUUGAAUCUUUAUUUCAAUAAUAAUUAGAAUAUUCAUAUCGUUUCUUUACUUAAAAUAUAAUUCUAACAUUUGUUUAAAAUAAUAAAGACAAAGAAGAAUUAUAUAAAAUGUUAGACAGUAUGUGUGAUUAUCUAUAAUAUUAUGAAUUGAAUAACAAAAGUAUAGAUAUUAGCAAAUAGAUUCGAACAUCACUUUAGAGUUAAUUUAGAAGUAUUAUAAGACAAUAAUUGAGAAAUGAGAAUGUAGAUAUCUAACCAUUGAAUUUUAACAAAUAGCUUAUGGUAUUUUAAUUAAGUAUUCUAUUAGAAAAAAGGUGUUAAAUAUGAUUGUUUACAUUCUUUGAAUAAAUAUUUGACAGCAUUUUUAACUUCAUUCUAUCUUACUUCAUAUUCUUUAGGUCUUAUUGUUUAAUAAUUCUAAAGAUUAUUAUAAAUCAAUACUUAAUAAAAGAAAUAACCUUUAUUGAAGAAGAUAGGAUUUCAAUAUAAUAUUGAAAAGAAUCAAUUUUGGCAAUAUAUAUAAGAUAAAGUUGUAAAGAGCAUAAGACAUACUAAAAUGGAUGCCUAAUGUGUUUAUUAAGAUUGGAUAAGAUUUGAGGCUUUGAUUUUUAAGAUCAUAUAAAUAGGGGAAGAAUUAAGUAAUUUGAAAUCUUAUACACUCUUAUUUCAUUUAAAGAAUACAUUAAGAUUAAUUGCAUAAGGAUUAAGCAUUAAUGUUAUACAAUGUUUAAGUAUUUAAAAAGGAAUGGGAUCAACUGAUAUUGUUAAACCAUAAUAUUAAUGUGUAUUAUUUAAUAAAUUAGAUAUUUAUGUUGAGAACAGAAGACUUAAUGUACAAUCUUAAUAUUUGAAUUAAUUAUUAGAAGUGAAAUAAAUAUUACCUCAUUUUGAAUAAUAAUAACCAUUGUAAUCAAUAGAAAGUCCAUAUAAUAAGAAAGAAGAAUAUUUCUUUAUUGUAAGUAAGUUUUAGGAAUUACUCUUUUUUGCUUAAAAUAUUUAAUAAUUUAGAAUUGAUUGUUUUUUACAUACUAUUCAUUGUUUUGAAUAUUAUUGUUAUCUUUUGAUUAGAAAUGAUCUCUAUCCUCAAAUAAAGUAACUUUAAUUUGAAUUACCUUCUUAUGAAGAUAAUUUUGAUAAUCUUGUAAUAAGUCAUCAUCAAAUAACUAAAUUUGCUAGAUUUAAUAAUCUAUAAUAAAUGUUAAUGAAAUAAAUAGAUAGUAUUAGAUCUACUAAUCUUUAAAUUUAAGUGAUUUAUACUUCCUCUUGUUUGAGAGAGAUUUUGGAAAAUUUAACAUUAUGUUUUUAAAUUUAUGAGUUUAUUAAAUAAUCUUAUAGAUAUUAGGAAGACAUUGAAUUUAUUGAAUCUUAUUUAAAGAAAACAAAGUAAUGGUUAGAUCAAUUAAAAUUCUUAUGGAUCUAUAAUUAAGGAUUGAAAGAUAGUGAGAUUGAUAAUAAAUAAAUAACUAGUUAUUAGAUUAUGUAUAAAAUGACUCAGAUUAUGCAUCAAAUAUCUGUUAUAUCUUUAAAUAAUUAAACAAUAAGACCAGAAGAGAUAGGUUAGAUUUAUUAUCAAGCAUAUACUGAAAAUUUAAUGGAAUUGAUAAUAGGAAGUUUAAAUAAAUAAAAUAAAUAAUAAAUAUUUGGAGAAUUAUAAAAAUUUAUUAAAUAAAUUAAUGGAUAAUAUUAGAGUUAACAAUUUGAUUGUUUUGUAAGAUUACUUGAUAUAAGAACAUAGAGUCAAUAUUUAGAAUAGAUAAAUAAGUUACAAUUAUUGAGUCUAAAAACAUAAAUAUCUAUUCUAUAAAAAGAUAUCAAUUUAGAUUUGAAAUAAAUUACUCAAAUCUACAUAAAUUAUGUAAAUGAAAAUAGUUGA